UGGAUGUAUUUUUAGGAGCCGCGUAUUUCAAACCGUAUCCACCCAUCCCUUCUCCUCCACCAUUUUCCCCAGUUCUUGUAUAAACCCCAGCCACGACCACGCCACGCUGCCAUCCAGAUCCAGGCGCAGUGGGGAUCCGCCCGGCCUUGGAUCGCCGUCUUCCUUCGCUGAACCGUUAAUCAGAUGGCUGACGGCGAGGACAUCCAGCCCCUUGUCUGCGACAAUGGCACCGGCAUGGUCAAGGCGGGUUUCGCUGGGGAUGACGCGCCAAGGGCCGUCUUCCCGAGUAUCGUUGGCCGCCCUCGCCACACGGGUGUGAUGGUGGGGAUGGGGCAGAAGGACGCCUAUGUUGGUGACGAGGCCCAGUCCAAGAGGGGUAUCCUCACCCUCAAGUACCCGAUCGAGCACGGUAUCGUCAGCAACUGGGACGACAUGGAGAAGAUUUGGCACCACACCUUCUACAAUGAGCUCCGGGUCGCGCCUGAGGAGCACCCUGUGCUGCUGACCGAGGCACCCCUGAACCCCAAGGCUAACAGGGAGAAGAUGACCCAGAUCAUGUUUGAGACCUUCAACGUGCCGGCCAUGUAUGUUGCCAUCCAGGCCGUGCUUUCCCUCUACGCUAGUGGACGCACAACGGGUAUUGUGUUGGACUCUGGUGAUGGUGUGAGCCAUACUGUGCCAAUCUAUGAAGGGUACGCCCUUCCGCAUGCCAUUCUUCGUCUUGACCUUGCCGGACGGGAUCUCACUGACAGCCUGAUGAAAAUUCUUACUGAGAGGGGUUACUCCUUUACCACAACUGCUGAACGAGAAAUUGUAAGGGACAUCAAGGAGAAGCUCGCAUAUGUGGCACUUGACUACGAGCAAGAGCUGGAGACUGCCAAGACCAGCUCCUCUGUGGAGAAGAGCUAUGAGCUGCCUGAUGGGCAGGUGAUCACCAUCGGGGCAGAGAGGUUCAGAUGUCCUGAGGUCCUCUUCCAGCCUUCUUUCAUCGGUAUGGAAUCGCCUGGAAUCCAUGAGACCACCUACAAUUCUAUCAUGAAGUGUGAUGUGGAUAUUAGGAAGGACCUCUAUGGUAACAUUGUGCUCAGCGGUGGCUCAACCAUGUUCCCUGGUAUUGCUGACCGCAUGAGCAAGGAGAUCACCGCCCUUGCACCAAGCAGUAUGAAGAUUAAAGUGGUGGCACCGCCUGAGAGGAAAUACAGUGUCUGGAUUGGAGGGUCCAUCCUCGCCUCCCUUAGCACCUUCCAACAGAUGUGGAUCUCAAAGGGUGAGUAUGAUGAGUCAGGCCCAGCGAUUGUCCACCGGAAGUGCUUCUAAGCUUCGGGUUCUUCGCCUUUCUACUCUAUUUUGGCUGUUCUUUUGUCAAACCCUUGCCAAUGUAAGCGACGGUGUUUAAGAUUGCUGGGGUUCCAUUGAGCUAUAGUGCUGGAUUUGUUGGUUGGGUAAAAAUUGUGUACCUUUUCGACUCUUUAAUGUGUUCAGUGUCUGCUAUAUUCGACCAAUGCUGAAUCAUACAUUGCGUGUUUGGAUUUCACUUUGAUGGCAAGUUUGGUGCCCAUGUUAAAGAGUAUUGAACUAUCUAGUUUGGUGCCCAUGUUAAAGAGUAUUGAACUAUCUACCAGCAUGUUUUAUAAUAGUUUUCGGAUGACUCUCA